GUUUCCAACUGAGACUCUUCUCUGCCUAGGGCCAAGCCCACAGUGAAAGCUCAUUGGUCCGAGAUGCUUCAACUUCCUACACAAACAAACUUCUGCUGUAUUGCUAAAGUGAAAGAAGCAGCUUGUUGUCAUGGUGUAUUCUAAAGUCUGGAUUCAGGACAGAGGGACAGUAUUUUAGUUGCUGAUCUGUGAUGCUGACGUUGUGCUGCAUGAAGAAGUUUUCAUUUAUAAAUGUUGGACUUGUGCCCAGACUGCUAUGGUAGGAUCUGGAAGAAAACACAAUAAGGAGAAGAACGUCAGAUCAAUUUUGCAGGAACAUAUGUGGGGGGAAAAAGGCUUUAACAAAAGACACUUUUCAAACAGUGAAAGAACUAGACAAUGGACAAUAGUUAUGAAUCUUUAAAAAGCUAUCCUGAGUCAACCCCUAUUAUCCAUGCAGAUACUGUGGAUAUUCUAUACUAGUAAAGUGGGGUUUCCCUUUCUGUACAUUCUACUGUUCAGACUGCAAAUAUGCUCCUGUUUUAAAUAAGGCCAAGGGAAUCCUGAAGGAUCCAAAUGCAAGAGUGACCCAACCUCUGCAGAGUCAAAAGAAUGCUUUAUCUGUCGAGAAGGAGACGAGAUGGGUCGUGACGCUCUGCUGCACUUCUGUGACUGCAAAAACUUGAUUGCUCACCAGAAGUGUGUGUUAACCUGGAUACAAAAGGGUUCUGAUAAUCGAGAUAGAGCAAGAUGCAAAGUGUGUACAGCUGAGUACCAGCUACAGAAAGGAUCAGUGUGGAGAAUCCUGUUUUGUCACUGGCAGAAUUGGCUCUUCUUCUGCUUGGUCCUGGCAAUAAUGACUAUCAUUCCCCUUGCUGUCUAUCGAAUGAUGGUAGCUUUUAAGGACCCUCCACCCAGUCCUGUAUUCCACGCAGCAGCUGUGUGCUUUGGAGUUCUCGCAGAGACUCUUCUGAUCAAAUACGUAUUGUAUUACUGCAGCAGCAAAUACAACAAGGCCAAGAUGUCUUCAUUUUCCAUCAGAGCGAGAACUGUAGAACAGUAUGAUCAAGGCGUUGGUCUUCUGUGGCCAGCCGGUCAGAACCCACCAACAGCUGUGAUGAGCAGAGCAGAGAUGGGGAAACAGGAGGCAGUCAAAGCCAAAGAAGGUUUCAGCCUGAAGCUGUGUGUAUGACUGGAGCAGAGCAAGGCCAGGACCCAAGGAAACCCCAGCAGCAAGGGAAAAAACAGAUUGACUCUCAGUGACUCAUUUAGCUCCUGGAUUGGACAGAUCUCUCCCCUGCUGGCAGUUUGGCUGAGCAUCAAUGGGACAGAUACCAGGAUGAAUAGCUUAAAAUAAUUAGGGGGCCAAUCUGCAAAACUGCUCUCAUCCAAUUCUUUACUUUGUGAUGAAAGACACAAAACAAAUUACAUUUAGAUUAUUAAAUAUUAAGUCACUGGAUUUACCUCCAUUUGGUCCAAAGCAGGAAAUCGGAUAAAAUUCAAUUUUAUAUCAUUGUGUUGAUGGCCUGGUUUUCAUCAAAUGAGUGAGUGUUUUUUUGGCAGGUCAGACUCUUUGACACAUGAGGAAAAUAGGUGCUUAAUUUAAAUGAGAAUUAAUGCAAUCAUAAUUAACUCAAAUGUGAACAAAAUUAAACACAGGCAAGAGUUUAGUUUAAUGUUUAGCAGUUUAAACUAUAUGUUUUAGGACACGUCCUGCUUCAGUUGAAGACAAUGGCAGUGUUGCCACUGAAUUCAAUGGAAACUGGAGUAGGCCUUAUAAGUAGACAGGUAGGAUUCCCUGUACUUUAUAUAUAAUGCACAAAAACAGAAGCAACAAGCUCAUUUAGUAUCAGUAAAGAUCAGUUAAAAUUAUAGAAACAUCCUUUGGAGCAAAUCUUCUGCCUUGUAUUUGCAUAUUUAUGAACUAGAGAUUAUGACAGGCCAUUACAUUUAUUAGAGCAGCGCUGCUAUAGUUAAUAGUCUGUCAGCAUUUCCAUUAUAAACUCCGUUUUUCAGUGUUUUAAUAUCUCAAUCAUUUGAAAACACAUCAGGAAGCAACGUAGCCCUUGUGUUGUCAGGCCAGGUGCAUUUUUAAAAAAAAUGUAAAUAAAAAUAUAUUUAAAUGAGCUCAGCCGUUUCUGAUUGGGCAAAUGGCAUAAAAUCACAAAGCCUUGGUGGAUAGUAUUAUUUAUUUUUUUAGGGAGAUUUUGACAAUCGCUUCUUCUUUUUCUUCUCCUUAUCUCAUCACCUGAGAUUGAGUCAUCAUGCAAGCAUCUGUCAUCUUCUUCUGUC